AUGUCGACGGAAGAAUGUCUCGACAUGCCCAAAGCAGCGUCAGCAGCUCCUCACUGUUUAGCAACGACACGUCAGAGGUCUCUGAAAGAACCGGCUCAACCGUCCCACCUAAGCUGCCACCACGACCUGGUUUCAGACACUUGCACAAUCAGACGGAGCACGCCCUACCGACCAUCAGCAGAACAUCAAAAGCUCAAAGCGGUUAUUCGCACAGUCGAUCACGCAAUUACCAGAGUUCUGCCAGACCAGCGCCAUUUCUCCAGAGACGGU